GGUGGGGUCCGCAGUGUGCGAUCGCCGUUCGUGCGGCGUGGAUUGCGUUAUUCGAGCUGUUCGUUACGUUCGCGAACCGAGGACUGAGCUUUUCGCGAGAGAGAGCUUCGCCGUCAGUUAUAUACGUGCGCGGUGCGGCAACGAACGAACGAACGAACGAAGCGAGCGAACAUACGUGCGUGCGAACGACUGAACGAUCGAGCUUUCACCCUCCUUGAUUCCGACGAAGCGAUCGGCGAUUCGGAUUCGCGAUGCUACCGCCGAGGUAGUCCGCGAAUCGUGCUCGGGGGGGAUUCACCGCGCGAUGACGAUCUCGGUCCGUCGAGGGUCGUUCUCGUCAUAGAAGAAGAAGAAGAAGAAGAGGAAAAAAAAAAGCAGAGAACGAGCGUGUUCAACCGAGAGAGAUCAUUGCGGCGCAGGACGAGGCGCAGAGCGAAAGCGGCGGAGGAGUCGGUGGUGGUGCGGGCGACCGCGAGAGAUGGGCAAGAAGGGUUCCAAGCGGAAGACCCGAUGGAGAACACUGAGCAUCGGUGCUCCGCCCGGUGAGGAGGAUGAGGAAGAGGGUUUGCGAAAGGAUUACGUGAAGAAUCAGGAGAAGGACGCGAACACGCAUACCUUCGAUCGGAAUGGACAGCAGAGCGGUUACAAGCCGCGCCGUGCUGGCGGAAGUACCAGCACCAGCGGCGGCAGUACCAGCGGUUAUGCAAGCAGCGGCUCCAGAUCGCAUCGGGACGAGAGUACGGGUUCACCGUCGCAACCGAAAAUCAUCUUCAACGAGGACGAAUAUACGAAGAUCACGACGCCGCGGCAGGACGUGCUCUUCAAGAAGGGCUAUCUCUCGCGCAAGAAGCCCUGGACUGGUAAUGCGAGCACCAGUGCCACGCCGUCCACUACGGAGAGCCAGUCCGCGUCACAUUCCACCGCAGACGGCAGUGAGACUACGGAGGACCAGCAGUUGUUGGAUAGGGACAGUGGAACGGGAGAAUAUCCGCCCAUGGUAGAGCAGCAGCCAGGAACGCAAGUAGGAUACGGAGCUUUUUACGAUCACGCGAGCGGCUACUACUAUGAAUACCCGGUGAUGCUGGUCGGGCCUGCGCCGGUACCUGCUCAAGUUGGACCAAGCGUUCUAGCGACCGUACCCUGCGCUCCAGUCCCUAUAAGGCCGAUUGAGUGGAUUAAUCCCGCCUUCGUGCCUAAAUCAUCCAUACUUGCCAGUCAACCAUAUUGCUUAAUGGACUAUCAAACUAGUCAAAGUACGGAACCAGCUACGAUAGUGGAGGAGCAAAACGGCACGAUUGUGACAGCGGAAGCUUCCAGCAGUGUGUGGAAUGAAAGCGGCACUGGAAGCGCCAGUUGCAGCGGCAGCGUGGCCGAGGAGAUCGAGGAACAGGCCGAAGAGGCGGAGAACGCGACGAUGGAGCAGCACGCGAUGAAGGAGCAGCUCGCGGAGGAACAGCAUCCGGAGCAGCAGCACUUCGACGGGCAGCAGCACUUGGAGAACGGCAUGGCGACGGUCGAUCCUUAUCUGGAUCCGGUGCUGAUGCAGGAGCCGCCGAUGCACAUACCGCACGUGAUGCCGGCCGUGCCGCAGCCAUACAUGUAUCCCGGUCACUACAUGUUUGGGCCGCCCUUGGUCAACGUUAAUGGUGUUACCAUCCAGGGCGGGCCGUUGGUGAGAACUAUGGACGUAACCGGUAUGACAAUGGCGUGUGCCAAGCGAAGAAAGAAGAGAAAGAAAAGAAAACAGAGAAGACCUACUUUGGGUAACACCGAAGAUGAGGAGGAAGGGGAGUACAGUUCCGAAUGUGAUAAUGAUGUAUCGUCUUCCCGACUACCUUGGUCAGAGUGCUCGACCUCGACCGCGACUACAACGACGACGGCCUCGAAUCGGCCGCUCAAUCCCGAGUGCCAGGAAUUUCAGUUACGGCCGGCCCUGCAAUCUCGAAUCCUCUCUAGUCCUGUUUCGACGACCGUCGUCGCCACCGUGGCCGAAGAGGCCGCGACGUCCACCACCGACACGUCGGACGCGCCACUCUGCGUCGAGACGGAAUCCGCGAGUCGCGAGACCGAGAGGAUGUAUGACACAUCGACCGUUCAAAGUCCAACGAACCAGGAGAAUGCGACAGUCCGCAACUCGGAAGACGUCGUUGCGGAAACGCCAUUGGAAAACGCUCAGUCGACUGCAGCUGGACACAAGCCAAAAUGGAGCAAAAAUGCAGAGAUUAACGGUCAAGCGAAGCAUCUAAUCGCGGACGCGGAGGCGACGAUGACGAACGAGACUGCGGAAGUGAGAAACAGCGCUACGACUGAACACACUGAGAACGACGUCGUUUCGACCAGCUUCAACGCGCAGCGUGAGUCAUCUGAGAGUAAUAGUGACGACGUCAAAGCGGAUUUGUCGAAAAACAACAACCGCGUUUCUGAAGAGAGUUUAGCCAACGGCAAGUCGGACCGCGGACGUUAUGCCGACGUAAAGGAGAAAUCGAGAUCGACGAAUCAUCACGGUGAUAACACCUCCGAGAUUGAUUCGACAAUGACGCCCGUCAACGACGAGGGGGAAGAGGAUGCCCAACGGUCACGACACUGUAAUAAUUUUGUUGCGCGAGCCACGGCAUGUGUUGCGCCAUCGAAGAAAUAUAGUAAGAAAGGUUCGAAAUUCGUGAGGGAACCUACGCCCGGGCCGGAUCUGGAUGAUGUGGCGCAUCAUCAGGACAUGGAGAAUGGAAGGCUCGUGCAGCAAUUCGAAGUAGUGAAAUUGUCGGACGACAUGAUCGCGGAUAACAAGCUGGACGAGACAAGUCGGGAAGCGACGAAUGAGGAGGAGGCGUCGAGGUUGCGCGACGGCGAGGACAAAAUCAAAACGACGAGCCAGUAUACGACCGAGGGUUCGAAUGAGGAUUCCGGAUUCGAAAGUCAGGCUCGACUGCCCGAGUAUCCUAUUACGACCGCGGUGACGGAGUGGUUGCGUCAAGCGAAUUCGCCCAACCUUCUCGUGACAUCGGCGUCGACCUCGGUCAGCGAAACGGACAAUGAUGAGGAAAUGGAUGCAAUGCCGCCAAAAAACUUGCAAGGCAACCCCAUGCCUGCACUAUCUGCUAAUAGCGGCGUCGACACGGAGUCGCGCACAGCUAGCUGCGGCGAAUUCGCAAAGACCAACAACAAUAACAACAACAACAACAACAACAACAACAACAACAUCAGGAUAGAUCAGAUGAAGGCUGAUUCGACGGUAACAUCGAUCGGCAGGAGGAAGAGAGACGCGAAAGGCACGAAAAGAAAAACGAAGGCGAAGAGAAUCGACAAGCAGAAUAGGAAUGUCGACGGGAAGGCGCAGAGUCAGUUGAUUUCCUGCAAUCGGCUGGAGGACUUCGUCACUGCCGUGAGAAACACGUCGAAGAAGAAUGUUGGUAACGUUUGCGAAUUUACUCAGAAGGAUAGCGUUGCGGGUAUGAGGGUUGCUUUAAGUUCUCGGAUAAACUCGAAGAGAGUCAAUGCAAGACGAAUGAAGACACUGAGAAAAAUCAACAGAGAUCCCAUCGAGAAUAUCGACAUCAAGAUGCGACGUAUAGACGAUCUAAAUGGCGAGAGAAGCGGGGAGAUGGACGAAGAGAUUACGGUGAGCGUGCGAACGUUCGAGAAAGGAGAGAUUAUCGUCACCGAAGACGGCAAAUUGCUACCGGUGUCCUCGUACGAGCCUGUCUCGUCGACCAAUCGAGCUAAUUAUAGCGCGACGAGAGCGGCCGCUCACGUCGACGUGAUCGACGAGAACGUCGACACGCGCAACAGCAGCGAGAAUGACGAAAACGGCAGUACAAUGAUAGCGUCCUCGGUCAGUAUAGAGGAACCAGACGUAUUGGAGUGCUGGGAAGCGGAGACCAUUGAACCUGUGAUAACCCCGAGGAGGAUGCUACAGAGCCCGGGGGUCCUGUGCGAGGGCGAGGCCGCGGAGGAGGACAACGUCGAGAUCGAGAGGGCCACGAUGGAGCACAUAGAAAAAUACUACAGACUGGCGCGCGACGGCGCCGGGAGCGCGGAGGAGGAGUCGAGCGAGAUCAGCAUGUCGGUAAUUUCAUCGAGAUCGAGAACAGUGCCAAAUAAUCCGGAGAGAACGAUCGAGCAUUUCUGCAGCGAGGAGAUCCCGAUUAUCGUGCCGGAUAGGAAUCGGGACGUUGUUACGGAAGACGAGAAGAUACCCAUCGACGAGGCGUUUGAAGUAUACGAGAGCUAUUACAGCGGCAAAUUGCCGUUCCUGGCGUUCGACUCGAAUUUGUUCAAGCAACGGCCUUUGUACGGCCAGCACGGCGAAGGUCCGGUGCCGUGCAGAGCGGUGUGCUGUAACAUACAAUAGUAAAGAAAGUCUCAGGUAUACCCCAUCGCAAACCCGUCUCGAGAUGCAAGGAUAUAUAUUAUAAUAUAUAUAUAAUAUAUAUAUAUAUAUAUAUAAUAUAUAUAUAUAUAAUAUAAUUAUAUAUAUGUAUAUUAUAUAAUAGAAUGCGAAGCAGAAUAUAUAUUAUAAUAAUACAUCGUUGCGCAAAAGGAUGAAACCGUUUUUCCAGACGGGCCGAGACGUCGCGUUCUUCGGGUAUAUCACGCGCGUAUUUAUACGUGUAUGCACCUCCUCACAAAUCUCAAUAUAUAUGUUAUAUCGCCGUUGGGCAGAAGUUGGAAUCAAUAUUCUUUCGAUAGUUCGGUGACACACGCUCAGGAGAGGACUAAAUGUUAUUUUGAAAGCAUCGUGGACCGCGAGAUCCAUCUUUUGUAAAUAGUUUUAAGAGUUUGCUUGUGAUCGUAUUCCGUGGAAACCUUUUCAAAAUUUUAUGUGUGGGAGCAUGCAUUGUAGCGUCACACUUCUACGAUAGCAUUUUACCAUUGUCAUUGAACAUUGCUGUACGUCAUUGUUCGCAAUUGAGAAACGGAUUCGACAUCAGCUUUUAUCUAGACCGAGCUUAUUAAGAAGCAAUAUAUUGUUUUCUCCAAAUACAAAAGAGCGCGAAUUUUAUUUUCAAUGAAAUGAAAAGAAGGGAAAAAAGAUGAAAAGAACACAUAUGAGAAAAAGUAUUUGUUGAGGCGAGGGAUGCCAAGCUGUUAUUUUUAUUAUUCUCGCUACGCAUUCUGCCGAAGUGACUAAAAAGCAUUAUUUUUACAAUCUAUAUAAAAGACACAAAUGUUAAAAGACUAAGAGUUAUUGUUGCACGUAAUCACGUUGAAAUGGCCUUCGCUUAGGGAAGUUUUGACUGCUCACAAUUUUCAACUUGUUGGAGUACCCUGCAUAUUCGAUUGUAAGAUUUUAAUAUCUUUUUCUUUCCAGCGAGAAAGGAAAUGUACACUAUGAAAGGUUGACAAAAUAGAUCGUUCAGUAACACAGGCUUUUAAGUAGCGAUGCGUAAUAAUUAUGCAGAAUGUAAUAUCACGUAGCAGGUACUAGUUGAAAACGAGCAGGUAAAGCAGAUGAGCUAUAGAUGUACCUUAGCGCUGUUAUUGAGAAGUAUAAUGAGAUGUAUAUAGAGAAAGCUUAGAAUGGUAAAAAAAAAAAACAAAAAAUAAAUAACGAUCCACACACAUUGGACAGAUUGAUGAAUGUUCACAAUAAUGAUCACUCCAUGAAUUUUUUUGAAGAGCGAGCUAUUAUGUAUAAUUCGUGUCGCUAAAAACAAAUCUAUUAAAAAUGCAAUCUCAGCUUUGAAGAUAUUAUGAUUUAAAGGUGAUGCUGUUCACAGUACUGUCACGAAAAUUGUCGGAGGGAGAUCUUUUUCAACGGAUUUGAUUUCGGCACGAAUUACAUGUUAUAAACGAGUUCAAGAAAAUUUUUGAAGUGGCCUCGUCUUUAAACAUUUACGAAGAAAUCAAAUAAAAAAGAUUUUUUUUUUUUUCUAAUAGACGCGUUUCGACCAGAAUCGUCGGAUGAAACCGCACCGCAAAAAGACGUAUAUGUGUACUUACACACAUACAAAGAGCUGCACUUGUUAAACGAUAUAGUCCACGCUUUAGUUGAUUUGUGUCGAGAUAGAUCGAGAGUACCUUAGGUUGCAUAUUUACGCAAGUCGAUUGAUAGACGUGGUUCGUGAAGUCAUAUAUCCCAUAUCAUAAACACACGCGUAAAACAUACCUCAGAGAAAUGUGUAAAUAAAAACCAUCCAAGGGUUAGAGCCAAACACAAAAUGAUAAAAUCAUACCAAUGUAUUAGUAAUCUAACGAUAAUAAUGAGAGUAGCAAAAUAAAAUAAUACUGAUCAGACGAAUAAUGAGAAAGAAACGCGGUAACAAAAUCUAAUAUCACACAACAGCAAUAUGUAGACACCAUUGUUCCUGCAAAGUUGUAGUUUCCUUAUAAGCAUGAUACGCAUAGAAUCAUUUCCAAAGAUGAUCAGUAGCUCUACGAAACGUUCAUUCACACCAAAAUAUAUUAAUGAUAAGUAACGAAUAUAUAUCGUUAUUAUUGAAAAUAUGCGCGUUGCAUCAAUUGUGUGCCUUAUUCUGUGGCGGCCGUUUUUGUAACUAUUUUAAAGCACUCUCCUGAUAGUCAGUAGCGAGAUGGAGAUGCGGUUAAGACUUGUUAAAAAAUUGAUGAGAGAGAGAGAGAAAGAGAGAGAGAGCGAGCGAGCGAACGAGAGAGAAAUGCGCGGGUGGGGUGAAAUCGCCCGCGAUAAUGAUCCUUUAUCAGUGCAUGCGUACCCAAGCGGACUCAUUUGAUUCCUUUUCACGAAAUUACUGACUUCAUUAUUCGGACAGUGUUGCCCGACCAGCGAUUAUUCAUAAAGACAUUAAAUAAAGCAUUGCAUCGUACACGAGUCAUGUUACUGUACAAUUAUAUUUUAGUUGAAGUUAACAUGUAUGGAAUAAGUGUAUUUGAAUUUUGUUGUGUUUUGCUUAUAAAAAAAUACGAAUAAAAUGUUUCAAUUAAAAUCGA